AUGCACGCCACGACUCGCUGGCAGCAACUGCUCUUUCUCUACGGUGGAGACCAACCGUGGGACUCUUCGUUAUGGGUCACUUCAGAUGAUCGUGUCCGCGGAGGCGCCAGCCAGUCCCACCUCUCCGUGAUAAACCCCGAAAAGGUCCGGUUCUACGGCCAUCUCGAUACCCAGACGCUUGGUGGUGCCGGCUUCGCAUCGCAGCAUAGCUUGGGCGUGCUGGACUGGGAUCUUUCCGGCUAUGAGGGCAUCGUCGUUUCAGUGGCCGAAGCCGAUGGCAAACGAUACGCGCUGACGCUCAAAGACGAGAUACCCCCGAAGAGGGGCGACGGGCGUGAGGAGGCUGGUAUCAGCUGGGAGGCCGAAUUCACAGUCUCGGAGGGCGGAUCGGGGAUUGACUUGAAGACGGUGUUUUUGCCGUGGAGUGCGUUUAAGCCGACGUAUCGAGGCAGGCCGAAGCCGGAUGCGAAGCCGCUGGACCUGUCUAAUGUCAAACGAGUUGGUUUGAUGAUGCGAAGUUUCUUUGGAGACCAAGAGGGGGAUUUCUCCAUCGAAAUCCAUGCUAUUGCCGCCAAGAGAGAGAUUGAAGAGGAGGAGGAGGAUGACGAUCCCAAGGCUGCCGUUGAAGCUGCGGCGUUGAAGACGUUGCAGGCGAAUAGCUUCCUACAGCUGGAUUGCAGCGCUUGCGGCAACGAUGUCGUCACCAUCAGCCAUGUCUCUGCUCUGUCUGUUCUGACUUUCACUCCCCCCUUCAGCGAUCCUUGGCCUCUCUGCAUCGCCACCGCCCUUGCCCUCCAAGGCGCGCCGUGGCGAUCCCCAGUUCGCUGCCCGGAUCGGAGCGCUUCUUUGACAUGUCCGGGUCCGGGUGCUGGGGCUGGGGCUGUCGGCGCACCAAGGUUGACAUCUCCCCGCGCCUAUGAGCGCGCUGCUGUUCUGCUUACGCCGCCGGCGCGAAAGCUUCCUGAGCUGCCGGGCCUUCUUCUGCUGAGGAGAGGGCGUGAGCGGACGGGCUCGGGGCGCGGAUGUCGCUGCGGGAAUGCUGAGCUGUUGAGGCAGCUCGUUCGCGACGGGAAUGACUGCGGCAUGAGCUCUGCGGCGUGA